GAUUUGUCCACAUUUCCACAGCAGUCUGACACAGAGGCGCUUCCCAGUCGAGCUCAGUGAACAAAACCAAUCAGGGAAUCUCUUAUUUUAGCCUCUUUGAUUUGGAAAAGAACCCUCUUUAAAUACUCCCACUACCAGUCUUUUUGUUUUUCUUCUUUUUUCCCCUGCUCUCCCUUCCUGCGGACGCCUGGGCGCACAAACAGCUGAGGGGAUAUAAGUAGUUUCCAGCAGAGGAUCAGGAGCGCCUGGAAGAUGGGUUCAGUCCCACUCAUAUCUGCCCUCCUCCUUGGGGUCGUGGUUCCUUCCCUGGCCGGGUACAUAGAGGCUUUGGCUGCCAACGCAGGCACCGGGUUCGCUUUGUCCGAGCCCCAGGUGGCCAUGUUCUGUGGAAAACUCAACAUGCAUGUCAACAUUCAAACUGGUCGCUGGGAGCCUGACCCAUCAGGAACCAAAAGCUGCGUAGGAACCAAAGAGGGCGUGCUGCAGUACUGCCAAGAGAUGUAUCCAGAGCUCAAAAUCACCAACGUAGUGGAAGCCAACAAGCCUGUCCGCAUUGAGAACUGGUGCAAGAAGGAGAAGAAAGUGUGCAAAGGCCACGCCCAUAUUGUUGUGCCUUACAUGUGCUUAGUGGGCGAGUUUGUAAGUGACGUUCUUCUGGUUCCGGAGAAAUGCAAGUUCUUCCACAAGGAGCGUAAGGACAUGUGCGUCAGCCACCAGCAGUGGCACGGCGUGGCCAAAGAGGCCUGUUCCAGGAGCUCCAUGGUGCUUCACAGUUAUGGCAUGCUGCUGCCUUGCGACAUUGACAAGUUCCACGGCACAGAAUACGUCUGCUGCCCUGCCUCUCGCUCCGGGGAGUUGGCCCCCUCUUCCCUGCCCUCCCAAGAGGAGGAUGAUGACGAAGAAGAGCAGAUAGAGAACGAGGACAUCGACCUGAGUGACAGUGUUGCUCUGGAGGAGAGUGAAACACCGGCGGACGAGGAACCCACUCAGAAGGAGGAGCCUGUGGAUGAAGAUGAAGAUGAGGAGCAGCAGGAGGAGGAGGAGGAGGAGGAGGAGGAAAAUGAGGAGGAGUACCACUAUGUGUAUGAAGAUGAGGAGUCGGACAGAGAUGAUGAGGAGCAGAGGAAAGAAAGCAGCAAAUCAUCAGAGAAACUCGAUGAUGACAAGAUUUUAGAAGAAGUAAAAGCCGUGUGCACUCUGGAGGCUGAGACCGGCCCCUGUCGUGCCUCCAUGCCUCGCUGGCACUUCGACGUCAGCCUGAGGAAGUGCGUUCGCUUCAUAUACGGUGGCUGUGCUGGCAACCGCAACAAUUUCGACUCCGAGGAGUACUGCAUUGCUGUGUGCAAACGCCUGACUGUGCCGGCGACUCCUCAGCCCACCGACGAUGUGGACAUCUACUUUGAGACUCCUGCCGACGACAAAGAGCACAGCCGCUUCCAGAAGGCCAAGGAGCAGCUGGAGAUAAGGCACCAUAAUCGCAUGGAGAGGGUAAGGAAGGAGUGGGAAGAGGCUGAGCGGCAGGCUAAGAACCUGCCCAAGGCUGAGAGACAGACGCUGAUCCAGCACUUCCAAGCUAUGGUGGAGUCCCUGGAGGAGGAGGCUGCCAGCGAGAAGCAGCAGCUGGUGGAGACUCACCUCGCCCGAGUGGAGGCUAUGCUGAACGACCGCCGCCGCAUAGCCUUGGAGAACUACCUGGCUGCCCUGCAGGCGGACCCUCCCAGGCCCCACCGUAUCCUGCAGGCCCUUAGAAAGUACGUCCGUGCCGAGAACAAGGACCGCCAACACACCAUCCGCCACUACCAACAUGUCCUGGCUGUGGAUCCGGAGAAAGCAGCUCAGAUGAAGUCUCAGGUGAUGACCCACCUGCGGGUGAUCGAGGAGAGGAUGAACCAGAGUCUAUCUCUCCUCUACAAAGUACCUUACGUGGCCGAGGAGAUUCAGGAUGAAAUUGACGAGCUGCUCCAGGAGCAGAAGGCUGACAUGGACCAGUUCCUGUCCUCCAUCUCUGAAUCACAGCCUGAUGUCACUGUGCCGUCGGAGGAGGGCGUGGUAAUCCCCUACUCUGAGGGCAAACCCUACCGGCCCAUCCAGGUCCAUUCCCUGGGGUCCCGCCCGGAGCCAGAAGGCGACCUAGCAGACUCCCCACGUGCCUUCAAGAAAGGCUCUGCCAUGGCUGGUCUGGAUGGUCUGAUCGGCGCCGAGGAGAGAAUCAUCAACAGCAAGCCGAAGAUGGGAGAAAACGUGGUGAUUGAUGAGUCUCUGGAUGUUAAGGAAGUGGUUUACAGUGCUGAGAGAGUCAGCGUUAUGCAUGGUGAUGAGCUGGAGUCCUACCGCCCCCUGGGAGGGGACUUCAGCUUUAGCAGCACCGCACUGAUUGGCCUGCUGGUGAUCGCUGUGGCCAUAGCAACUGUGAUUGUGAUCAGCCUGGUGCUUCUGAGAAAAAGGCAGUACGGCACCAUCAGCCACGGCAUCGUAGAGGUGGACCCCAUGCUGACGCCAGAGGAGCAACACCUAAACAAGAUGCAGAACCACGGCUAUGAAAACCCCACCUACAAAUACCUGGAGCAGAUGCAGAUCUAACCUGAACCUGGAGGGGGCGCCGUGGAGCCUGGCUGAGGACAGUCUCUGACAGGGGGAACAUACUACUGACCAAUAACAAAUGAUGCUAUUAUUAAAAUCCUUUGCAUACAUCCAAACUCCAUUUACCGGUUUGUUGAGAACAAUCCUUAAGUAACGCUUCUACUACUGCUACUGUUGUACUAUAGAGCUCUUUUUGACCAUGUGUCUGAUGUUUCUGCCAGUUCGCAAAAUAGAAAAAGAUGUAUCUGUAAUUAUCAAGACGGAUCAAGAUGUAUAACAUUUCUUCUGAAAUUUUUAUGAUGUGAAAAACAAAUCAAGUUUCUUUAGUCAUCAAACUGGCACUACAUUUAGUUUGGGUUUUUUUCACCAUGCAGACUGAUGGGUUUCAUUAAAUAAUCGGUGUUUUAAUGUGUUCUUUUUAAUCUCAAUAGAUCGCUUGUAUAUGAAGGUUCUUUGUACCAAUCAAAAUAUAUAGUGAAAAAAAAACAAGAAACAAAUGGGGAGGGGGGAUAAAUUCAUGAUUUAUUUCUUUGCUUUGUUAUAAUAACAAAUAUACAUGAAAUGUUUAGAUAUACAUAAAUAUAUAUAUAUAUAUCAAAUUAGAUGUUUUUAUUCCACUUUUUUUCUCAAAGGAAUACAUUAUGAAUUGGUUUGGGUUUUUUUUUUUUUUUUCCUGUCUUGUUUUUUAUGUGAUGGUUACGAAUGUUUGCAAGGCAGGCGUUAAAGAGGGAGAUGAUCUGCACAGACCCCCAGCUCAACGCAUCUAAAAAAAAAAACAGAAAAACUUUGAGUGAAUGUCUACCCUUUUGCUUCAGAUUUUACUCUGCCAUUAGCUCGUUAAAGUCAACUUUGUAAAAGAAAAAUUGAAAUGCUAAACGGACACAGCAAGGCAAUCAGACUCAAAGUUUGCCUAAACUGCUGAAAUAAUAUAUACACCCCUGCCACACACACACAUACAACAGACAACAGUGAUAAUAAUGAGUGAAAAUCUUCAUUUCCUCAUUCACACAAACACCUUUUGUUAGUUAGGAAAAUGUAACAUUUGUGGAUGUCCAAAUGGUACAUAGUUGAAUGUAAUUUUCCGCACUAUGUAUAUGAGAAAUUCCCUUUUUGAAAUGUAAUUCUUUUUACAUAUUUUGCACAUAUCCAGAUAUACACAUGUUGAAAAAUACGAAGCAAGUUUGUGGAGGAGACGCACCCUUAUUGCAGGAAGCUGUGCUGGUAUUCAGCUGCUUAAUGAAUCCAAACUGGGCAGAGGGUCCAAAGUCUACAUUAACAAGAAAAACAUUCACGAAUGCAAAGGUUUGUGCUACCUGCAAAGGCUGGACCAGCCCAGGAUCAGAAGCCACUUAUAUGCAGCUGGAGCUGGAGGUCUGUGUAGGCAGACUGAGGCGCUCAGAGAGCUGAAUUCUGACACACAGAAAGCCGACGAGUGAUUUUUUACAGGUAGAGAAUGAAACAAAACAAUGAAAUCCUAACCCUCUCUAUCUUAGUAUCGUCUUUGUAUGCCUGUAUAGUUGAUGUUGCAAUCAUGGCUUUUCUUUCUUCAGAGGAUUUCUGUGAUGUGCUUUGUUCUUAUAUGAAAUAAUAUGAAAUCUAUUUUUGAUUUUAUUUUCCAGUUUCUUUUUUCCUCUUUGUGACAGUAUAUCUGUAUGUGACUGUCUCACUAUGCACCCAAACAGCUUCGAUCUUGUAACUGCCUGCUUGAUUGUGGAAGAGGACCGGGAACUCUAUAAUAUGCAUAUUAGUGACUUAAAAAGGAUCAACACCAAUGGAAACAGGUUUAUAGUUACGAGGGGUUACACAUCAAUAAAAUCACAACAAACAAA